AUGGACGAAACCCAAUUUACGGAUAAUGCACAAAGAAUCAUUACCCAGGCGCAACAGAUCGCCAAGGAUAAUAACAACACUCAAUUGCAGCCACUCCAUUUUUUGGCUGCAAUGAUCCCUACCGAUGUUGAGGAACAGCUGACAUUGUACCUCAAGACGCUUGUCACGAAGGCCCGCAUGGACUGGGGAACGCUUGAGCGUACUGUGAACACUCACCUCCUUAAAUUGCCGCUGCAAAACCCUCCUCCUGAUGAAAUUCGUCCCUCAUACCAAACCGGGCAAUUGUUGCAACGUGCCGCCAAGAUUAAGCAGCAACAGAAGGAUCAAUACAUCGCCCAAGAUCACAUUCUUCUUGCUCUUUUUGAUGAUGAUCAGAUCAAGGACUUGUUCAAAGAAGCUCAAUGCAACGUCGAGACCUUGAAGAACGUCGCCUUGGAGUUGCGGGGCAACCAACGCAUCGAUCUGCGCACUGCUGACACUUCGGGUUCUUACGAAUUCUUGAGUAAGUACUGUGAAGACUUCACCGAGAAGGCUCGUGAAGGGAAGAUUGAUCCCGUCAUUGGUCGUGAAGAGGAAAUCAGACGUGUGAUCCGCGUGCUUGCCAGAAGAACUAAGUCCAACUCUGUUCUUGUUGGUGAAGCUGGUGUGGGUAAGACUUCAAUUGUUGAAGGGGUCGCUCAACGGAUCGUCGACGGCGAUGUGCCGCUGGUAUUGGCUAAUGCCCGCUUAUUUGCGCUUGACUUGGGGGCGUUGACCGCUGGUGCCAAGUACAAGGGUGAAUUCGAAGAACGUGUCAAGGGUGUUCUCAACGACAUUGAAAAGUCCAAGGAAUUCAUCAUUUUGUUCAUCGACGAAAUUCACAUGUUGAUGGGUGAUGGUAAGCUGGAUGCUGCCAACCUUUUGAAGCCGAUGUUGGCUCGUGGUGUAUUGCACUGUAUUGGUGCCACCACCUUUGCUGAAUACCGGAAAUACAUUGUCAAGGAUGCUGCUCUUGAUCGUCGUUUCCAGAAGAUUGAUGUCCCUGCUGCUACGGUUCCGGAAACCAUUGCUAUUUUGCGGGGUAUCCAACCUAAGUAUGAAAUUCACCAUGGUGUGCGUAUUUUGGACCUGGCUCUUGUGCAAGCUGCUCAAUUGGCUGGCCGUUACUUGACUUACAGAGCGUUGCCUGACUCGGCUGUCGAUCUUAUUGAUGAAACUGCUGCUACUGUUGCCGUGGCGCGUGACUCCAAGCCCGAAGAAUUGGACAACUUGGAGCGUUCGUUGCACCUCGUCGAAGUUGAGAUUAACGCCUUGGAACGUGACAAGGACGCCGACAAGCACUCCAAGGAACGGUUGGACAAGGCCAGAAAGAACAAGGAAAGUCUUGAAGAACAAUUGGGUCCUUUGCGGGAGAAGUUCAAGCAAGAACGUGCUUCUCACGACCAAUUGAUCGCGGCUAAGAAGAAGUUGGAUGAGUUGGAGAUGAAAGCUCAAGACGCCGAACGUCGUCACGACACUGCCACUGCCGCUGACUUGCGCUACUUUGCCAUUCCUGAUAUCCAAGUGCAAAUUGAAGAGUUGGAAAUCAAGGUUCAAGAAGAAGAAGCUAACGCUUCGCCUGAAGCCUUGUCGCGGAAUGUCGUGGGGCCGGAACAAGUUUCUGAAACCGCUGCUCGUCUUACUGGUAUCCCUGUGACGAAGUUGACCCAAGCCGAAAACUCGAAGUUGAUUAACAUGGAGAAGGUGUUGCUGUCUGAAGUUGUUGGUCAACCUGAAGCUGUGAAGGCUGUCUCCAACGCUAUUCGGUUGACUAGAUCUGGUUUGGCUAACCCUAACCAACCAGCCUCGUUCUUGUUUUUGGGGUUGUCUGGUUCGGGUAAGACUGAAUUGGCGAAGAAGGUCGCCGGUUUCUUGUUUUCGGAUGAGCAUGCUAUGAUCAGAAUUGAUUGUUCGGAACUCGGUGACAAGUGGUCUGCUUCUAAGUUGAUUGGUGCAGCCCCCGGUUACGUUGGUUACGAAGAAGGUGGUAUCUUGACUGAACAAUUGUUGCGCAAACCCUACUCUGUGGUCUUGUUUGAUGAAGUCGAAAAGGCUGCUCCCGAAGUUUUGACUGUGUUGUUGCAGAUCUUAGACGACGGUAGAGUCACUUCCUCGCAAGGUACAGUGGUUAACGCCUCCAAUGCCAUCAUCAUCAUGACUUCGAAUUUGGGUGCGGAAUACAUCAACGCUUCUAAGGGCACUAAGAUUACUGAUGACGUCAGGGAACAAGUGAUGACCGCUGUACGUGCGCACUUCCGUCCUGAGUUCUUGAACCGUAUUCAAGCUACUGUCGUCUUUAACCGUUUGUCCAAGAAGGCCAUCGCUAAGAUUGUCACGAUUCGUUUAGAAGAAAUCGAAAAGCGCUUUGCCUCUAAUGGUCGCAACAUUCAUUUGGAGCUCGAUCAAAGUGCCUUGGAAUACCUCAUCAAGUAUGGUUACUCGCCUGACUUGGGUGCUCGUCCUUUGAACCGUUUGAUCCAAUCAGAAAUCUUGAACAAGUUGGCUGUGUUGUUGCUUAAGGGCCAAGUCUUGGACAAGGAAACUGUUAAGGUCACUGUUGGUGGUAAGGGCCUCGAAGUACUCCCAAACCAUGAAGGUUCUAAGGAUGAUGACGAAGACAUGGAUGACGACUGGGACAUGGAUGAUGAAGCUAUCGAAGACGAAGAUCUCGACUAA